UGCAGUAUUCAGAUGAAAGAAAACAGAAUGAAUGUGACUGAAUUCAUCCUCACGGGACUGACACAGAAUCCCCAGCUUCAGAGAAUUCUACUUCUGGUGUUACUCAUCACCUACAUCAUCACUGUCACAGGAAACCUGCUCAUUGUAGGGACCAUAGUCUGUAGCCAGACAUUGAACUCCCCAAUGUACUUCUUCCUGUCUUUUUUAUCUCUGAUAGAUGCAUGCUAUUCCUCUUCUAUUGUUCCUAAAAUGCUGGCAGAUUUGCUAUCAGGGACAAAAGCCAUCUCAUUCCAUGGCUGCAUGAUGCAACUUUUUGUUGAACAUUUUUUAGGAGCUUCAGAGAUUGUCCUUCUUGUGGUCAUGGCCUAUGACCGCUAUGUGGCCAUCUGUAGACCUCUGCACUAUGUCACCAGGAUGAACCACCGCAAUUGCUGUCUCCUAGUGGGGGUGUGUUGGAUAAUGGGUUUUAUCCACUCUUUUGGGCAAAUCCUUGUUGCUCUCUGGAUCCCUUUCUGUGGGCCUAAUAUCAUGGACCAUUUCUGUUGUGAUAUUUUCCCUCUACUACAACUGGCCUGUGCUGACACUUUCCUCCUUGGUCUACUGGUUGCUGCCAAUGGUGGUGUCAUCCCUGUGAUCACCUUCACAAUGCUGCUGAUGUCCUAUGUGGUCAUUCUGUCCUCCCUGAGGACACAUAGCUCUGCAGGGAGGAAAAAGGCUCUCUCUACAUGUAGCUCCCAUAUUACAGUUGUUGUCUUGUUCUUUGUGCCCUGUAUUUAUACAUACAUGCGACCAGUAACCACUUUUCAUAUGGAUAAAGCCAUAGCAGUGUUUUACACUCUUAUUACUCCCAUGUUAAAUCCAAUUAUUUACACUGUAAGGAAUGCAGAGGUUAAAAAUGCCAUUAGAAUGUUACUUAAAAAUAAUUCAAUUUUGGAUAAGAAAUGA